UUUUAUUGUGGUUUAAUGGGAAAACGAGAACAGCGUGAGUGUUUUAAAUGAAAAGAAAGUCGUUGGCGCCGUGAACUUAAAAGAAGGGACAAUUAACGGUUGACAUAUCGACUGGUUCAAACAACGAUCGAGUGGCCAUUUAAAGCUAGGAUUUUUAGAAGUUUGUGGCUCCUCUCUGAGAUCAAUGGAAACACAUCCAGCAUCCUUGCCAGCGCCCUUGCCAGCACCCUUGCCAGCAUCCGUAGGACAGCAAACGGAGCCCACUCAAGUCCCUUCAUCUACCCGAUUCCAACUUGAUCCAGCUAUUGAACCGGAACCUGCGCGAUAUGUUAACUUUCUAUUUUACGAGGGUUACUCGGUGGAAAUAUUGGGUGGAAAACACUUUAAGACUCGUGAUGGAGAGUUUGUGGAAGUGAAGAGUGGAACACAGUAUAAAAUACUCGUCAAAAAUUCACACACUUAUGGUUGUCAUUUGGACAUAUCUAUUGAUGGUUACGAUAUUGGUGGAUGGGCUCUCCACGGAGGAGAGGAGAUGUCAAUCGAGAGAUCAGCUUAUGAGGCCAAGAGGUUCACCUUCUACCGAGUGAAAAGUGCACCAAAAGAAGCAGGCAUUGAAUCUGGUCGGCCCGAAAAUGGUCUUGUGAAGUGCGUGUUCACACCUGAAGCUUUCCUUAACAUUCCAGUGAUCACCUCUGAUUCUUCUCAGCCAUUGAAUGUGAGCAUACCUCCAUCGGCGACAGUUGGUGAGUUAAAACAUGAGGUGCAGAGCCAAAUGGAAGUACGGAAUGACCCGGAUCAAGUUCUAGCUCUAGAUGACAAGGUGCUCCCAAAUGCUUCUCUCGUAAAUCGUGUUCUUAGGACACCAGGAAAUCUGAGACUUAUCGAUGCAGAAAUGACAAUUUCAGUGACAGUCGAGGCAUCCUCCAAAGUGUCUUAUCCAAAAACCUUUCCAAUAAAGGUACAUCCGGGCAGGUCAAAGGUCCAUGACCUCAUGCAACAGAUAGAGAGACGGCUCAACGUUCCGGUCAGUGACCAAAAGCUUUACUUUGGAAAAACUCUCCUGUCCGGAGCACCAAGGGAGUGCCUCCCUGAUAAACUCAUCUGCAGUCCACGACCGGCUGUAGCCGUCAUCCUCCCGGAGUAUAUUCACAUAACUGUGGAAGAACAGAAUGGUGACUCGCAUGCCUUGAAGAUAGACAAAGAGAAGAACUUGGAGGCUGUCAUGGAAGAAAUUCCUUCGUGUUGUAACCUGCAAGAAAAUACACAGGUCAUAUUUUAUUUCAAUGAAAAAAAAAUUUUUCCUUUUAAAAAUAAAAGGAACUUAGACAACCUGGGUAUUUGUUCCGGAUCAAGGCUUGAGUUGAAAAUGAAGAUUCUUUUCAUCGACGUUGAAGCUUGUUUCUCAGGUGGUUCUCCACCCGUCCGCGUGAGAUGUAGUCCUCAAGAUACUUUCCACGAUUUGAUGGAAAAGAUUGGGGUGAAGAAUGAGAAGAAAAAAUGGAAGUUUACAUUUGCAAUGGACACAAGAAUUUUUGAUCCAGAUGAAGACAAGAGUCCGUUACAAGAUUACGGAGUUACGCACGGCUGUACCCUUCACGUGGCGAAACAUCUGGCCGCCGAUGGUUCCAUCAUGGCUCACGAAACGUCUAAGUGUAACGGGCAAGAGUUCGAAAGAGGUGGCCUUUCUGAUGUCCCUGGCGAUAGAAAAGGGAAGAAAUCAUUUUUCCGCAAUGUAAAAGAAAAGCUUUUCGGAAAGCGACUUGAAGAGUGCACCAGCGAUUUAACUCAUGGAGGCGACUCACCUCCACUUUUGCGGCUGAGCCUAAAUAAAUCGAGUUUUAACGUUGGUAAGUUGUAUUUAACAAAAUAUACAGUCUGCAGUGUGUGGCUUUUUUUUUAUAUUCUUUCGGACUCCAUAGUUGAAAUUCGCGGUUGCCUAGCCACCCUGGUACUUGCAUUCUUUCUUAAUAUGUCGUCGAUGAUCUGUUUUUCAGUCUUUAAAAAAGGGAGGUAGCAAGCGAUUUACAUUUGAUAAACCGUUUCCUUCGUAACUCGCGAAGUUUGAUUGACCUUUAUGUUAGCCUUCAUUACAUUAUGUAUAUAAUAAUAAAUAUGUAUAUAAAGCCAGUAGCAUGGAACCGGAUCCAGGGUGGAGAUCAGGAGGGACAACAUUGCAAGGCCACAGCACACAGGAGGG